UUGACCACCUCUCCAAGAGAAUCAUAGACUCUCCCAAAACCGCCAAAAAAAGUUUUCUAAGAAAUGUAUAUAGCCCAACUACAACAUCAUCAAAUACGACUUCGUUGCUCUCAAUUCUCAAAACACGUUUUUGAACUUUCUCAUCGUUAAUCCCUGAUUUCCCCAAUUCUAAUCCAUCGAACUUACUUAUCUUUCACAUAUAAACACCAAACUUUCAUCCAAUCCUUCAUCAUACUCCAUCAAUGGCGACGAUCUACAGUUGCAAAGAAUGCGGCACAAAUCUAAACCUAAACACCAUUAACCUCUACCCACCUGAUACCUACUUCGAAGCAGGUAACAAAAACUCCAUCUCUUUCGCAUCAAUCAAUCAAGAGAAUUUCAAAUUCGAAGAGGAAAACAAAAUCAGACCCUUUUUUGAAACCCUAAAUUACUGGGGUAUUGAGAGAAGAAGAACAAAAAUUAAGUGCAAAAAUUGUGGUAAACUUUUGGGUUAUAUCUAUGAUGAUGGACCACCUAUGAUUAAUACUACUGGACAAUUUCAUUUUGGGCCUAGUCAAGUUAUACCCAGAUUUCCCAGGUUUAGAUUCAAGUCUAAGGCUCUUCUACUUACUUCUGAUUCUUAAUAACUUUUGUUGUUGUAAAAACUUUUGUAAAUUUGUUAUUUUUUUAGUUGGGUUAUUUUGUAUAUUGUUAGGGAAUAAAAAAGAUUGUGUUUUUAUACUGAUGUUUGAGAUUUACUUGAUGAGUUUCUUUGAUUGUAUAUAUGAUGUUCUUGUUGGGUGAUUUUGGAAUAAUAUAUUUGUGUUAUUUGGUGAUUAA